AGCUUGUCAAGGCUAUUAUUAGGUGCUUUCGUCAGAGAUAUGAUUAGGAGUCAGGGGCUUUAACACUCGCUUUUUGCUUUGCGAUCGCUCUUUUUAGCUAUGGCUUCCUUACAAGAACAGGCGGACUCUGUCCGCUCCGCCGUCACUUCGAUAUCGACAUGCUCGCCCGCGACGGCCGUGCUCCUUAAGGACCUCGUCCUACCCAGCGAUGCCUCCGCCAGGGCCGACGGCACCGAAUCUCGCGCCUCCAAAACGAGCCGAGCCCCGAAAACGACGACAAGCGGUCGAGCGCCUAGCAAAAAGUCAACAAAAGCCGCGACCACCGCGGGGCUCUCGAGCAAGGAGAAGGCAGGACUCGCCACCCACGUCAUCAAUGCCUCAUUAAAGGCCCUCGGAGAGGCCGCGAAACCGACGGCGGCGCUACCCGCUCCGCGACUAACACAGCCCGAGGCCGGCGAUCUCGUUCGCAAGGCGUCGCGGAACGCCCUCCGCAGGUCCCUCUCGGCGCCUCCGACCCCACUACAGGCGCGAACCCUGAACCGGGUAGCAACCUCACCGCUUGCCACCGUAAAGCAGCCUGCGAGGCCAGCCUCCUCGGGCUCGGGCUCCUCGAGCUGCCUGUCCCUUGUGGAAUGCGCCCGCAUCGCUUUCGCCGCUCUGAGGGGACUUCACAAUGCGGGCGAGAUCACCCUCCCAGAGCUCCAGCUUGAGAGCGGAAUGUCUUCGCUCGUCGCAAGGCUGAUAGCCUUGGGCAUGCUGGAACAGGCCGCCAAGGAGCUCCGACUGCUCAAGCAGCGGCUCGAUAGUCGCUCUGGGGUCCAGGCCACUGCAAAGAAGCCGAACAAGGCCGGCGCGCAGAUUGAAACCGCCCCCGCGAAUCGGAUCUCAGAUAUACUGGACUUUUGUGGAUUCAAGGCCGCUGACGGCCCCUUCACCAACCUUGUCAUCACGACCCAGCUUCAGGCGCUGAGGAUACUGUCCAUGAUGAAGAAGCCCCAGCAUACCGAGUCGGUUGUCGACAUCCUGAAAGACUCCACUGGGUCCUCCCCUCUCAGGCUGUUGAUCGCUUACGCCGGGAGCAGCACCACUCACCGCGACAAGGCCUCGCGCCAGCUGGAGACGCUUUCACAACUUCUUCUGUCUCUGACGCCGAGCGUGUCGAGCAAAAGCGACGACGAAGCCCUCGAGCCGAAACUGAGCAUAUCCCCGUCUGCAGCGUUCGACAUGCAGGUCCUGGGCCUGGAAUCGAGACUGCGGUGGUGGGCCAUCGCAGGGCACAAGGGCGACGUCCACAAGGACAUUCUUUCGCCCUUCUCCAGGUGUUUAGCCGCGUACAUCCGCAGAGCAGGGCCCGGGGACGAGUCCCUGUACAACACGUGCGUCAAUGCCUUCGAGCGGAUCCAGGAACUUGUCGGGAGCAGCGUCACGAGCCCGGGCACGUCUUUCAAGUCACCGAUCGCGACACUGUACCAAGCUCUCGGCGCGGUUGCUCGAGAGACCCGAAAGUACUCCGAGGCUAUCAAAUGGACAAAACUCGCCAGGGGACUUAUGAAGGAGGGGAUCGAUUCAGAAGCAAGCCGCUGCGCAGUUGACGCUCUCCUGCUAUCUUUGCAGCUUAAAAACCCUGCUGAGUAUCUUGAGGACAAUACGCUGGUCGAUGGCGUCAUCGACGGCAUGCAGGGGGUGCUGAAAGGGGACAGCGCCGAGCUGGAGGACCUUCUGGUUAACGUGGGCCUUGCGCGGAGGUCUGCUAUGAACGUCCUUGUCGCGCAAGAUAGGAGCGCGUUGGCCCCCAAGGACACGCUACGUUCCCUGGAAUCCUUCGUCGUCCAGUGCCCCCGUUUCUGCCUGCGGUGGCUGGGCAAACCACCGGCGUCCAACGGCAGCACCAAGGACUUUCUACGAUACGAGCAGAGACGACAGAUGCUUACAAAAUCGAUACAUCUAUUUCUCGAUUCAGCCUUUAUGGUCAUCAAGGCCCUGAUCGACGAGCGGCGCAUGUUCUGGGCGCAGAUGGACAUUGUGCUGGGCGACUGCCUCACCCUACUCGACUACAUGGGUGACAGUGGGAAUGCCGAGUCCUCCACGUCACACCACGUCAAGAUAUCGCACUUUUACUUCAUGCAGUACACCCUCCUGCGGCAAUCCUCCAAGGAUCCCAAGAGCCCGGAGCCCAUGCGCGCGCUUCGCCGGUCCAUCGAGUGCGUUAAGCAACGAUCCGCACGAGAGAAGGAGAAGUCGCAGCUUAUCAUGAAGCUAGAGCGGCUAGCCGAGGCGUACAACUCUCUAGGACGCGUCGGCGAGGCCCUCGGAGCCCUCCAGUCCAUUCGGUCUAGUCUCGUUGAUGAUGGAGUUCUCGCCGAGGUCGUGCAGUGCCUAGAAGAGCGCCCCCCGGUUCUCGCCUGGACUCGCACCAGCCAGGCUAGCACGUUGUCGCGGACGCUCGUGUCCAUCGCAGGGCUGGAGCAGGUUCCCAUGAACUGGUCGGUUGAUCUGCCUGAGGCCCAGCAGCUGGCCGUCCGUGAGCAUUGGCUACACUUCGUCAUCCUCGGUGGCUCCAAGGACCGCAAGCGUCCGACGCUUGCUGACGAAUGCGUCGAGUCACUGCUCAAGACUUACUAUCCGACACGCUUCCCCAUCAAGCGAAUACGCACUCUUCUAAGCCUUCUAACAGUAAACCUAGACGACCAGGAUCAGUUCGCAGCAAUAGAGUCGCAGAUUGAUGCCGUCGUUGGCCUCAUCAAGGGUGGUGGCUGCGCCGAAGACAGGCCUUUGGAGCCAUACCUACAGCAUUACUAUGCCUACCACAACUCGCUGGUAGGCCUCAAAUCCGCGGCACCCGAUCUUGACCGAAUCGACAGUGCUCUGGCUCAGUGGAAUAAGGUGCUCAAAGAUUGCAACACGCUGGAGGAACUCGACCGAGUCAUCGACAACCCGGCCGCCCUGUUGAGCCACCUCCAGUCGCUGGGCGACUUCGGGCGCACGAUGAGCCACGACCCUGUCCAGCUGGCGGCGCUGGAGCUUUCGUCAAUGAUCUCGAAUAUCUCAUCCAAAUGGGGCCCAGAGGACAGGAUCAGGUCAUACUCGAGCCUGGCCUUGCUUUACGCUAAUACCGGACGGUGCGCCAUGGCCGAGAAGGCCCUCGAUGCUUGCCAGGAGUUUGUUCUGAAAGAGUCUGGGUCGAUCCCGGGAGGGGCUGUCGCUGACAUGCACCUCGCCUACGCCGAAUACUACAUCCUAACAGGAGAUCUGGACAAGGCAGAGAGUCACUUCAACCAGGCGCGCGGCCAUGCCGUAUCAGACAGGAGCUCGCAGUCUUCAAAAACACGGCGGCGAGAUCUCAUCAGCUAUGCGUCACUGUUGCAGUCCAUGAUCGCCUCUAAGAAGGGAGAGGCCCACCACGCGCUGGUUCAUGCGCGAGAGACGGUGCGGGUGCUUUUCAGUGACUGGGCAAAGCUCGAAGAUAGGGUCAAAGCAAAGCAGAAGGCCAAGGACGCUGCUGAUCUCAGUGAUGGAGACUCCCCUCUCACUCCGUCAUCGGCCAUGAUUGCUGCUGGGCCCGAAUUCUGGAAGCUAUUCCACUCACUCUUCCGCAGCAUGUCUCACCUUUCGUCAGUUUACGCGCACCUGGGAAUGUUCCAGGAGACAGUGUACUACGCGGAACAGGCACAAAAGAUGGCCCAGGGCACCAACGCGCGCCUCUAUCUGGCGCAGUGUGAGGCCUGGCUGGCAUUGGUCCAUUUCAAGGCUGGCAACUUGGACAAGUCGCUUGAACUGGCCAACCAGUCCAGCUCCAGACUCAGCGGCGGAGACGGCACAUGCACCGCCGUGACUCUGGCCUGCCAACUUGCCGGACUGUACCGGGAUCUGAAGGAGCCUGACUUGGAACAGGAUAUGAUCAACCGCGCCGAGGCCGCCAUGAAGUAUCUCAAAGAGACGCCUGGAGAUGUGGACAGUGGGGAUGUACAGGAAGCGCCCGCCACGGUCAAGGCAGGCCCUGAGGAGAAAGCAAAGAGGCAGCCGGCCAAACGAGCGGCUAGUGCUGCGAGCACGGCCAGAAAGACAACGAGAAAAGCAGUCACUGUCUCCAAGGCCAAGGCUCCAGCUCCGAAAGUCGAGGCGCCCGCCCCUAUCAUCAGCGAUAUUGUCAUUUCUGGCCUCCAAAGGUCGCUAAUGAUGCACAGAGCCAUCUCUCUGCUCAACAGUAGAGACUGGACCGCCGCCAUGGAACUGUUGCAGCAGUCACAGGUUUUGACAAAGCUGGGCAAGAGCAAGCUGGGCGAGAUGGUUGCGCGAGCCACUUGCUUCUUUGGGCAAUGCCAGGACCAGAUGAUGAGAGACGCCGUCUUCUCGGUCAUCCAGGACUCGACCUUGUCCUUCCCCGCAGUCUGCAGCGCGAGCUCCGAGGCUGUCGCUGAGCGUCUCGCGCUUGUCAAGGCAUCGCCGCCCAAGAAGGGGAGGGGUGCUGCAGCGGCAGCGUCGGCGGCGCGGCUGCCCGAUUUCAUCGAGAACCUCCAAGCCGCACACGACUGUCUCGUGCAGGCUCACGCCGUGGCUAUGGUCUCGGGCGACGGCGCCAUGGUGCACCGGAUCGCCGGGAUGCUGCAAAGCACCAUGCUUCUGCUCUCUGCCGCCUGUCCGUCUCGGCCUCGCAUCACGGGCAGCCAAGCCUUUGCAACAUGCUCAGUAGAGGCAGCGCAGAACCUCACAUGGCGCAGGGAGCGGAAGGCUCUGCUCCUGGAGAUGAGUGGCUACAAGAGUGAUGGCCUCGAGUGGCCCAUCCCCAUGGGCCAGGCAGACCCGAGUUUGUCUCCUGCCCGAGCUGGCGCGCCUACGGCAGACAUGGGCCGGUUCCAGAAGGACUUUAUCGACAUAAUCCCCAAGGAUUGGACUGUCAUUUCCGUGUCUCUCAGCGACAACAAGCACGACCUCUGCGUCUCGCGGCUUCAGGCCGGACACAGCCCGUUCGUCAUCAGACUGCCGCUCGAGCGCGGCAGUUCGCGGGACUCGGCCAACGACUCGUUCAACUACCACCAGGGCCGCGCUGAGCUGCAGGAGAUUAUCGGGCUCGCUGACGGAAGCGCGCACAGGGCCAAGGAUAUGGCGAAAAAGCGGCUCAAGUCGGAGUGGUGGGCCGAGAGGGAGGAGCUCGACAAGCGCCUUGGCGAGCUGCUGGAAAACGUCGAGCAGGUCUGGCUCGGCGGCUUCAAGGGCAUCUUCUCUCAGCAGAGGCGCAGCCCCGACCUGUUGGCCCGGUUCCAGAAGAGCUUCCACGACAUCCUGGACAAGCACCUGCCGUCCCGUCGACAGGUCCGGGGCCGCCGCAUCAAGGCAGCCGCCGCUGCACCGGCGCCCGUCAAGGUGACGCUGGACCCGCGCAUCCUGGAGCUGUUUGUCGGUCUGGGCGACGUGACGGGCCCCGAGUGCGGCGACCUCGACGACGCACUGAACGACCUGCUGUACUUUGUGGUGGACAUCCUACAGUUCCACGGCGAGCGCAACGCCUACGACGAGAUCGACUUUGACUCGAUGUGCGUCGAGACGUUUGACGCGCUGCACUCGUACCACACGACGGCGGCGGAAAAGAAGAAGAGCGGCGCCAAGAAGAGCGGCAACGCGACGGGCGGGCAGCAGCAGCAGCAGCAGCAGCACACGGUGCUGGUGCUGGACAAGGCGCUGCACAUUUUCCCUUGGGAGUCACUCCCCUGCAUGCAGGGGCAGGCGGUGUCGCGCGUGCCGUCGCUCGAGUGCCUGCGCCGCCUGAUCCUCGAGCAGCGGAGGCCCAAGGACGACGCGUCGGCGCCGAGCGGCCACCACGCCUGCAAACGCUCGGGGGCGUACAUGCUCAACCCCUCGGGAGACCUCAUGAACACGCAGGGGACGUUUGAGGAGCCCCUGGCGUCGGCCCUGCUCGAGGCAGAUAACAACAACAAUAACAGCAACAACAACAACAACAACAACAACAACAACUGGGUGGGCACCGUGGGCAGGGCGCCGACCGACGCCGAGUUCGAGCAGGCGCUCCGGACGCGCGACGUGCUGCUCUACUUUGGGCACGGCAGCGGGGCGCAGUACGUGCGCGGGCGCACGGUGCGGCGGCUCGAGGGCGGGUGCCGGGCCGCGGUGCUCCUCUGGGGCUGCAGCUCGGCGUCGCUGGCCGACGUGGGCGACUUUGAGACGCACGGCCCCGUGUGGAACUACCUCAUGGCCGGCUGCCCGUCGGUCGCGGGCACGCUGUGGGACGUGACGGACCGCGACAUUGACCGCCUCGCCGCGCGCGCCCUCGAGGAGUGGGGGCUCGUCGGGGCCGGAACGUUCCCUGCCGAGGACAAGGGCAAGAAGGCUUUGUCGUCGUCGUCGUCGUCGUCGUCGUCUGGUGCCACCGGUAGUGGUGCUGCUACUGCUGCUGCGGGUGGCAAGUCGUCGUCGUCAGCAGCUUCGUCGCUCGCCCAGGCCGUGGCCACCGCCAGGGAUGUGUGUCGCUUCCGCUACCUGACUGCCGCCGCCGUGUGCGUCUACGGCAUCCCGGUGUACCUGACCGACGGCGAGACGACGACGACAGCGACGACGACUGCCUGAAACAAGGGAGGGUAACCCCCAAGAGAUGGCACGAACCUCUUCGUCAUGCGAUGGUGGGAAGGGGUUUGUGUGGCCCCUCGCGAAACCCAGUCCGGUCGGUCGGUCGGUCGGUCGGUCGGU